CACUUCUGAUCUCCGACACGAGCAGAGGGAUACACUCCAAAACCCUUCAUUUUUUGCCCCAAAAGGGAAAAGCACAAAGCUCGCACUCUCUCUCUAGGAAUGGGGAACCGCCUUCUGCGUCAUUAAUGGCGUCUACGACGUCCUCAUCCGCCCCGGGAGUGGUGACGCCGGAGACACUGCCACUGGAGGUCCCGCCGUGGCUCAAAGCGCUGCCAUUGGCGCCGGAGUUCCACCCUACUGAGCAGGAGUUCCUCGACCCUAUUGCCUACAUCCUCAAGAUCGAGAAGGAGGCUUCAUCCUACGGCAUCUGCAAGAUCGUGCCUCCCUUCCCACCCGCUCCUAAGAAGACGGUUGUCGCCAACCUCAAUCGAUCCUUCACUGCCCGCAAUCCCUUGGGGAACGGCGGUAGGAAGUCCUCCUCUUUCACUACUCGGCAGCAGCAGGUAGGGUUCUGCCCACGCCGCCCCCGCCCCGUGCGGAAGCCUGUCUGGCAGAGCGGCGAGCGGUACACGCUCCAGCAGUUCGAGGCCAAGGCCCGACAACUCGAGCGCUCUCACCUCCGCCGCGCCGCCGGCCGCAAGGCUGCCUCCCCGGAUGCCCUCUCCCCGGUGGAGAUUGAGACCCUGUUCUGGCGUGCCUCCGCUGACAAACCCUUCGCGGUGGAGUAUGCCAACGACAUGCCUGGAUCGGGGUUCCCGCCGCUGGCCUCUUCCACCCGGCGCUGGCGGGACGACGUCCCGGCUAAUAUUGGUGAGUCUGCGUGGAACAUGCGGGGAGUGUCGCGAGGCAAGGGGUCGCUGCUGCGGUUUAUGAAGGAGGAGAUCCCCGGGGUGACAUCCCCCAUGGUCUACGUCGCAAUGCUGUUCAGUUGGUUUGCUUGGCAUGUUGAAGACCACGAGUUGCACAGCUUGAAUUACCUGCAUAUGGGCGCGGGGAAGACGUGGUACGGAGUGCCGAGGGAUGCUAGGCUUGCAUUUGAGGAGGUUGUUCGUGUGCAUGGCUAUGGAGGGGAGGUGAAUCCUCUUGGCACAGUUACUUAUGCAAUCCUGGGUGAGAAGACGACAGUUAUGUCCCCUGAAGUACUUGUUGGAGUAGGAAUCCCAUGUUGCAGGUUGGUUCAGAAUGCUGGUGAUUUUGUUGUUACUUUUCCUGGGGCUUAUCAUACAGGGUUCUGUCAUGGAUUUAAUUGUGGAGAAGCAGCAAAUAUAGCUACUCCUGAAUGGUUGAGGUUUGCUAAAGAAGCUGCAGUGCGAAGGGCUUCAAUAAAUUACCCUCCUAUGGUGUCUCAUUAUCAAUUGCUAUACGCACUUGCAUUAUCAUUAAGCAGAAGAAUGCCCAUAGGUGAUGGAAGUGAGCCACGAAGUUCUCGGCUAAAAGAUAAGAUGAAAGGAGAAGGAGAAGAGGUGGUCAAAAAUGCAUUUGUUCAAAGUGUGAUUCAAAAUAACCGCCUCCUUGAUAUUCUUCUUGAUGCUGGAACAUCCUGUGUAGUUCUUCCACAGAACACAUCUCAAAGUCCUUUCUAUGCAAAUUCACUAGUCAGAUCUCAAGUCAAGAUAAAGCCAAGGCUAUCACUUGGUCUAUGCAGUCAUCAAGAGGCUGUAGAUGCACGACUUGUACCUUCUAAUGAUGUUGGUCCUGGCUGGAAUUCAAGAACUAGAGAUUUCAAUGGGUUGUUUUCAUCCAGAGGAAAUUCAUCUGAAAGUGACAAAAUGAUUUCGUCUAACAGAUCUAGUGAACUUGCUAGCCCAUGUUCCACCUCCUUACACUCAGAAGGUGAAAAAGAUGGGACAAUACAAGCUAAUGGCUUACUGGAUCAAGGAUUGUUGUCGUGUGUUACAUGUGGAAUUUUGAGUUUUGCUUGUGUGGCUAUCAUUCAACCAAGAGAGUCAGCAGCCAAGUAUCUAAUUUCCACUGAUUGUAAUUUUCUUAAGGAUCAUAUUAUUGGUUCUGGAGAUGUUACUAGCGUAAAUACAAAUACAAAUUGGAAGACAAAUGGAAAUAAUUUGGUUACUGGCAUUGCUCAGGGUUCAGACCAGAGCAUCGGUUUGUUUUCUGAUGUUACAUGCCCAAGAGAUACUUCUGCACUUGAGCUUUUAGCGUCUGUUUAUGCUGAUAUGUCAGACAUUGAAGAUGAUGUCCAAAAUGAAAAACCAAUGAGCAGAGAAAAUGAUAUGAAAGAUUCAACAUUAUGUAAUGGCGAUCAUCACUCUGAAAGUGCUGUUGCACUCCAAAAUCAUUUUUCAAAGGAGGCUUUAUGUGAGUUGGAUUUGUGCUUGUUAGACAGCCAAAUUUCUACAUCAGCUCAAAGCCCUCACUCUUCGGGUGUUUCGAAGUACUUAGAUGGAAAAACCGUUGGUAUUGUGGAUGGAACAAGCCAGAUAAAAUCAGAGAUAUCCAGUCCAAACCAAUCAGAAACAAGGGACAUUGUGAAUACAUCUGAUUCAGAGGAUAAUGGUACUGUAAGGUUCGAGGGGGAACCUAGAGAUGUAAGUUGCAAGAAACUAUAUGGUGUAUGUGAGAAGAUUGUGACUGCUGGAAAUUAUUACAGCAGAUUGACAAUGGGAAAUCAAACAUCUUUUUCAUCAAAUAUCUCUGUCAAACGUGAUAUUUGUGGCAACCCAACUAUGUUAGGGAUAAGGGCUGGAAUACAUUCAGAAAUAAAACAUUUUGAUUCAAAAUUGUUGAUAUCUACACCAUCUGUCAUGCAAGGAUCUGACAAGGAUUCUUCCCGAAUGCAUGUAUUCUGUCUUGAGCAUGCUGCAGAGGUUGAGAAACGACUGCAGCCAGUGGGAGGGGUGCAUAUGAUGCUUCUAUGUCAUCCAGUUUAUCCCAAAAUAGAAAUGGAAGCAAAGUCUUUGGCGAGAGAAUUAGGAAUUGACUAUGCUUGGAAGAAUGUUAAAUUCAGGGAGGCCAAUGAAGAAGACCAAAUAAAAACAAAAGCAGCCUUAGAGGAUGAAGAAGUCAUGCCCGUGAAUAUCGAUUGGACUGUUAAAUUGGGAAUCAACCUGUAUUAUACAGCAAGCCUCAGCAAAUCACCACUCUACAGCAAGCAAGUUCCAUAUAAUCCAAUCAUAUACAAAGCCUUUGGUUACAAUUCCGUGCGUAACUCCCCAGUGAAGUCUAAAGCUUCUGGUAGACGUUCAGGUAGGCAGAAGAAAAUAGUUGUUUCUGGGAGGUGGUGUGGGAAGGUUUGGAUGUCAAACCAAGUCCAUCCGUUUUUAGCCUACAAAAAUGAAGCUCAAGACCAAGAUCAGCAUGAAGAGAUGUUUUCACUUGACCCUGAUCAAAAGACUUUGGUUGACACUGAUACUGAUCAUACAAGCAAAGCAUCAUCCAAAAGGAAGCAAUCUGAUGGAAAUUUAUCUGCAUCGAGGUCUGGAAAGAAGAGGAAGAAGUCUACGAGGAUGGAAAAAUCUAAGAACCCCAGAUACUCCAGGACAGAUCCAAAUCCCAAACCCGAAGAUGUAUCUGAAACUCCAGCGUCAAUUUCAGGAAGGACCCUAAGAAACACACGGGCAAGGCAGAAUGAAAGCGCUAGCAAGCUUAAAUUGAGCUCCAAAAAUGAAUCUGGAGGUCCAAGCUCACGCCUUAGGAAACGACCAUCCAAGUCUGAUGAUCUAAAGAAUAAAUUGACUGUCAAGAGACAAUCUACAAAGUGGAAAACCAAAAGAUCUCAACCUUUGCAUCUUACAACCAAGGAUGAGGAUGAACAAGACGUGAACGAUAAACAAUCUGCAAAGAGGAAAACCAAAAAAUCUCAACCUGUGAAUCUCACAACCAAGGAUGAGGAUGAACCAUACACGAGUGAUAAACGAUCUGCAAAGAGGAAAACCAAAAAGUCUCAACCUGUGAAUCUUACAACCAAGGAUGAGGAUGAACCAUACAUGUGUGAUAAACAAUCUGCAAAGAGGAAACCCAAAAAAUCUCACCCAAUGAAUCUUACAACCAAGGAUGAGGAUGAAACAUAUACGUGUGAUAAACGAUAUGCAAAGAGGAAGCCCAAAAAAUCUCAACCUGUGAAUCUUACAACCAAGGAAGAGGAUGGACAAUACACGUGUGAUAUUGAGGGCUGCUCAAUGAGCUUCAGCACAAAGCAUGAACUGACAUUACACAAGCGAGACAUUUGCCCUGUGAAAGGUUGUGGGAAGAAGUUUUUCUCUCACAAGUAUCUGGUGCAGCACAGGAAGGUACAUACUGAUGACCGGCCAUUGGUCUGCCCAUGGAAGGGGUGCAAGAUGACAUUCAAAUGGCCAUGGGCACGAACUGAACAUAUACGUGUUCAUACUGGGGAUCGCCCUUAUGUCUGUUCUGAACCUGAUUGUGGCCAGACAUUUCGCUUUGUGUCGGAUUUUAGCCGUCACAAGCGUAAAACAGGGCAUUCAGUAAAAAGGGGUCGAAGAUGACCACUAUCCUGACUAGUAUUGGACUGGUCCAGAAAAUCUUAUUUGAUUCAGACAAUUUGGAAGAUUGUAAAUUAAUGUUCUUGAUUGAAUGUGCCAUUGCUGGCUGUGCAGGGUAGGGUAGAAGCCUCACUGCAUUUUCCUCCAUUAGUGAACACUAAUCUUUCUAGGUUCUGCCUAUGAUCCAAUCAAAUUGACAUUGAUUUGUAAGCCAUCUUCUUAAUCAAUCAGUUGAAGACUGAUGUAGAUGUGGUUGUCAGAAACUGGCAGACAUAGCACCUGCCAAGGAAAACUUGUUUGAUUUUGUUGAUUGUCCUUUUGUAGCAUAAGGGCACAUCUUAUCUUCUAA